AUGUCGCACUUGCCUGAAGGAAAAUAUAUUUGGUACAAUACGAAAAUGUCAACGUCACCAGCAACACUUAGUGCAGCAGCCGACGACCGCAAGGCGCGACUUGCUAAGCUCAAGAACCUAAAGCGCAAACAACCCGCCGACGAGAUCGCGCCUCCAGAAUCAGAACGUUCAGCAUCGCCACCUAUACCGCCCGCAUCUACAUCCGUAGAAGAAGCCCAACAAACCGCGGAAACAGAAGAAGCUGUAGCGCGUCUUCACCUAUCAGGCCGCAACUAUGACCCCGAGACGAGAGGCCCGAAGCUAGGGUUCGAGGCGCCGCCGACACUCGGCAUGGAAGGGCCAACGUUAGAGGAACAAGCGGCCGAGGUGGAGGCCGAGAUCAAGCGGAAAGCUGCCGAGGACGCAAAAGAUGACAAGGGCGUCGAUCUGUUCAAGCUCCAACCAAAGAAACCGAACUGGGACCUUAAGAGGGAUCUAGAUAAGAAGCUGGAGAUUCUCAACGUGCGCACAGACAAUGCUAUUGCGAGGCUGGUUAGGGAACGCAUUUCAAAUGCCCAGGACGUAGCGAAGAAGACGGCUAAGCCUGUGGAAAAUGGGGACGAGGGAAGUGUGGAGGCAGCAGGCAUGGAUGGUGUUGCGUUAGUUGAGGGUGUACGGGUACGAGAGAGGGAGGAAGAGGAAGAGGAGCGGAGAGAGCGGGAAGAUGAGGAUAAUGAAUGA